AUGUUCAUGAGAGCACUCUCGGAGUACCACGAGGUGCCAACGGAUGAUUUUGUCGCUUACUGGGCGUUGAGAACCGACAAUUUUGCCGCAUUUGGUGAUGGAGCGGCGAGCAGUCCACGCGCGGCCGAUAACGCUGGAAAUUCGGCAACGACAACCUCAGGGGAGGCGGAUUCCGCGGUGAAAGAAAAACAGGGAGUUAAGGAUUUUCGCUACAACAGUGUUGCGGAAGAGAAGCCAUCUUUCACUAGAUUGGCGGAGACUAUAACUGAGUAUAAACUUGUCUCUGAUAGUAAUCGGGCGGAUAACAUAACAACGCCAUGCAUGCUCAGGCACGACUCCUCGGGUGACCUGCUUUCGGAAACAUCUAGGGAAGAGUCGGACAUAACGUCGGAGGCAGGAAGCAGCUCAAAGGAUGAAGUCGGUGUAAUGCAGUUGCAAGAUAACCCCAGGGUCCAGAAUUCUAUCUUUUACGACGGCGAUUUAACGGCGUUUUUGCAGAGGCAGAAACUGCUCUACCGUGUCAUUGAGGAUUUGCAAACAUCGCUGUUCGUUUCGAAACCUUCUGUGGAUUUCGUGCCCAAAAUAAACCUGGCUUCCAUCGAGAGUGAGUACAUCGUUGUUGACAAGAAGCUUUUGGGCACAAGGGUUCCACAGCAAUCGGUAUCGCAGCCGAUUCGACGGCCUUUGGGAGACGAUGGUAACGCACCUUCGAAACGUUCAUGCGCGCAAGGAAACGAAAGGAGAACACUGUGCCCAUCACAAUACACACUUGACCGCGUGCUAAAGAAGUGCGCAGAUUGCGUCCCGGACGAUCGCCUGGCAAAGAGCGUGCACCUGCAAAAGCUAAUCAACAUUCUUGGAGGCAAAAACCCAGCAGAAUCAUAUGCAAACGAAGUUUUAGAUGGUAUAUAUUAUGUUAAAUCGAUCUGUGCAAAGACACAGGCCGAUUUUGGUCCCGGAGCAUUUUACUCCCCGUCACUGAGACAUCCCAUAGACUGCCUAACCGAAACAAGUUCAAAAUCAAGCGCGGUGCUGGACAAGAAAGUAUUCUCGGACAACACGCUGUACAGCCCGCAGACCGCUUAUAUGAUUCCCAAGAACAUCAACGUGCAGCUGGCCAAACAGAAGGACGAGGCGCUGAACGGAUCGGACGAAGAGGCCAGUAGCCGGUUGCGCGUACCGCGCAUGUCAAAUAGCAAGCUAGCGCAUUUCGUAGAAUCGCUUUGUGGUGUCGACUUCGACCAGAAGGUGAUACAGAAUUCGCUAGAACAAAAUUCAAAGGAAUGCUGUGACCUCCGCUCGCUGAUUCAGCUUUGCCAGCGUGAAUCUGAGGGAGAAGCGGAGGGCGACAGCGAGGCAACUGCAGCUCCCAACGAGUACUUCUCGAACACAUCCAAUCAUGUGGGACACAUAGACGGCUUCAGCACCGCGCCGGUGACGUACUACAAGAAUCGCAUUCUCCCCAACAAUGCCAUGGAGUUCUACCACAACACGACGAACUGCGACUACAAGAAGGAGGGCAUGGUGCGGAUGCAGGGUGACGGACCCCUGGACGUAUCCUUGGACACAUUUACGACCUUCGACAAUCGCAGGCAGAACUUGAGCCACUACCUGGAGGCUAUCAGCACACUGGAUGGGCGCAUUAGAGAGAUACAGCAGAGGUCGGAGAAGAUGCACCGUGCGCUGCACCAAUAUUCACAGAGGGAGCACACGGACAGCGUUAACGACCUGCAGGAAGUCAUCAACCUGGAGACACUGCUAUUCGUCUGUGACACACUUAUGGAGACGAAACGCAGGCUCCACGACGAGCUACGGCGCAGAGUGCAGGAUGAACUGGACAUGAUCAACCACAUCCUGCCAGAGCCGCUGGCGGACUCGUUGACACGUAUAUUGUAUCCCAGCAUGAACUCUUAA